CACAAACUGUCUCUCUUGUGAAAUCUCACAUAAAUGGUGUAAAAAACACAGACAUUGUGGUGUGAGCAAGAUCAGCUCCCACUUCCGUAUACUCCAGCGUCUGAAGCUCAACUGCUCAAGUGUUUCCUGACUGAAGCAGUUCAGCCUCUGAGUGUUUCGAGCUUGUGUACAGUGUUCAGAAUUCAGCAUGAAGAUUGUAAAACUUCACUUCUAUCUACUUGUGUGCUGUGGAGCUGCAGAAGGUUUCAUCGAGAAGUCGGUGAAUUUGGGACAAAAUGUGACUCUAAAGUGUGCGGUGACUGGAAGUGAUGUGUUCUGGUUCCUGAUGAAGCCGUCAGAAUCUCCAGUUUAUAUAUUACGCGCUUUCUCAGGCCUGUCCCUGAGGGCAGACUACAGUAACACAACCUUCAGCAAGACUUUCUCACUGCAAUAUAACAGCAGUUUAUUUAUUCACAAUAUCAGUACUAAUGAAUUAGGAGUGUAUUAUUGUAUUCAGACUGGGUCACCUCCCAACAUCAGCAGUGGAAUCAGACUUUACAUCCAGAGUCACUCAGCUGAGAAUCAGACUCAGACAGUUGAUGAAGAUGAAAGGAUCAGACUCUGGAGAAAUCUCUUCAUCAUGUCGGGAAUGAUGAACUGUGUUGCAGUCGUUGCAGUCACAGUCUCAAUUGUAAGCUGCUGUGGAAAAACCAAAUCUCCAAACUGUGAUGUGAAGCUUCAGGAAGUCAGUGGAUUCCAGAGUUGGUUUCCAAAAGGGCUUCAUGAAAGCAGCUACACUGUGGUGGAGUUUGUUCUGUUUCACCCUGUGAUGUGACACCCACCCACACACACACACACCCACACCCACCCACACACACAGUGGUCACUGGUGGGGUUUUCCUUUUUUUUUCUUUUUAUAAGCUGUGCUACAUGAUUGUGGUUAUGGUUUGCAUGCUAAAACAUUUCACACGUGUACAGCUCCUUCAUCCGCUCCUCGUUCUCACAGUGUGACUUUCUGCAGUAAAAUUCUCCCCUGAGUUUAGAAUCAGAAUCAAUGACAGGGUGGUGCAAUGAAGUGGAGUUACUGUUACCACCCUGCAGUUGAUUAUUUUCCCAUAACAGCAUAUCCCCAAGUGUUUUAUUCCUCUUAUACACAGCACUUUUUCCACAUCUGUCCCCAUCACUUUGCACCUGUCUUUGUCUCGUCAUUUAUGUUGUUUAUGGUAUUUAGAUAGCUAGAUAUUUAUUUUAUACUUUCUUUUGUAAUCUUCUAUUUCUCUAUAAAUGCACCAUGUGGAGUCUGAGGGAAACAGUAUUUCAGUGCACUGUGUACUUAUAUAUGGACGUAUUGACAAUAAAGCUCUCUUGAAUCUUGAAUCCUCACACUCAGCCUCAGACUCAAACACAGCAUCUUGAUAUCUCACACCAAACCAACACAACAAAUGUAAAUACCUUCAUUUCAUUUCUUUCUAUAUGGGGAUGAAAUUCACAGUGACCCCCUGGGUCUCACAAAAAGUGUUUUAUCCCUCCUGCUUUUUACUGCCCCCUGCUGGGCGUUUGUGUUCACUUGGCCAGGUCCAGAAAUACAGUUUCUGAAGGGUUAAAUUUGUAUUCCACAUUCUUCAUGCAGUCCUGGUAUAUUAUAGACUGAAAUAUUUCUAAAGAUAAAAAAUAGAUAAUUUUAGACUGUUUUCAGUCUCUGAACAAAUUUCCUUACAAAUGUUAUGAUUUUCAUAUCUAUCUUUGAUUUUCACUUCGUGUCAUUACACCUGGCCACCACUAGGGGAGCUUCUCUUCCAGCUCCUUCUCUUUGGAAAGUUUCAGACCUUUACCUCAGAUUAUAAUUUUUUUCCCCAAAACAUUUGACGAAAAAUACAGGCUAUGGCUGUAGUAUUUUUAAAAAUUGCAUUUCAAAUGAAUCUAUUUCAUGUUUACUUACAUUGAAACAUAAAUUGAUUGUAAUAUCAUCCUGUCAAAUCAAUUAAAACAUGAGCUUUUAAAAAUUAGAACGUUGAUGAUUUGCCUUCAUUUGUAAAUUGUGAUGGGACGUAACCCAAACUCAGGAUCGAACCAAGGCACUUGGAGCUAUGAG